AUGUUUGGCCGCUCCAACCCGCGCGCGCAGACUGCCACUGCGGAAUGGGAGCUGGGUGGCGAGCGGGUGACGCCGAUGCCGACGGCCAGUGAGCGCGUGCUCGUCCGAUACACUGGUUCGUGUGCGAGGUCGCCGGUCAUGGGUCCACUUGGAUAUGGCCUCCGAGUGCCGACACCGUCGUCGUCGACCGUCGGGCAUUGUCCGUCUGCUACAGUCCACGAUGUCCAGUUCCACCGUAUCGCUUCCAAGCACAAAGCGGCGUGCGAUCACCCUGCUGCAUCCAGCGCAUUACGGCCGUCCACAUUUCUCCCCACACUCAUGAAGGAGUACAAGGACCUUACAGCCGACCCCAUCUACGACAUGCUCACCGCCGGCCCUGUGAACGAGGACAACAUGCUCGAGUGGGAGGCUCUUAUCCAGGGUCCUGAAGGGACACCAUAUGAAGGCGGCAUCUUCGCUGCCAAACUCUACUUUCCCUCCGACUACCCUCUCAAUCCAUUCAAGAUGGUGUUUGACCCCCCUCUGCUGCACCCUAACAUCUACCCCAACGGCACAGUCUGCAUCUCCAUCCUGCACCCCCCUGGCGACGACCCCUUGCGCUACGAGUCGGCGUCGGAGCGCUGGUCCCCCGUACAGGGUGUGCGUUCCGUCCUCCUUUCGGUGCUCAGUAUGCUCGCCGAGCCGAAUAUCGAGUCGGGAGCGGAUAUCGAGCGCGUCACAGGUCAAUGCUCGAGCUCCAGCGCUCCCGCUCUGGCUUCUCUCAGUAAUGUCGCGCCCGAGUUCGAGCGCCGCGUUAGGGAGCAGGUCAAGCGCCUCCUCGGCCUGUAG